CAUCAUCCAUCACUAAAAGAUAAUUAGAUUUACCAAAUCCAAGAAAAGCUGAGGGGCGAAAUAAGAAAGAAAGAAAAGUAAACGAAACAUAAGCAUAAGAUGUAAGAAGAAUAUGCUUAAGCCAAUCACAAGCCUUAGAAAAAAUACAAAAAAAGAAAAAAAAAAGCAUUUAUCAUAGCAUUCACUACGUUUCUUGUGGAGAUAUAAAGCGACACCCUUCCUUCUUCAAGUGGUUGACGAUAAAUCCUCUUUAUUUCUUCGUCUUCCUCUGCUCUGGGACAUACUUCUUCAUAAUUGUUUCUUUCUUGGAACUCAAGAUCAAAGGGAGACUUCGUGUUUAGAGAUCAAAAGAAGAUUUCAGAUUCAAUAAAACCAUGGUUGGUAUAUUUUCAAGAUUUUCUGUUGGUAGAAGCAGCCAUAGACGGACUCAAAGUGCAAUCGAUGAUAAGGAAGUAUUAGCUCCAAACCCUGAUGUUACUGCAACAACUGCUUCUCAUGGAAUUGAGGUAGCAACAGAGUUUAAACCGGUGGAACAUCCGGUCGAGCCUUUGGACAAUGAUCAACCGAUCCAGUGUCCACUACCUGAACCAUCCAUUCUAAAUGACGGAAGAAUCUGGAAGGAGAGGGUAUCAGCAUCUAUGAGGAGAAAAGGUGAUUUACAGAUUGCUAAAGACGAGAUUUCUGCUGAAUCUGAUGGAUCUGCACCAAAACCGCCUCGCCCGAGUCAGCCAAACCGUUCCAUCUUGCCAUCACUCAGUGCCCCUGAACACAACUUGCUAAAUCUACUUGAAGAAUGCAAUGCUAUGCAGGCUGUAGCAUCCAAGAACGGAUGAAACAAAAGAGUUCCUUAUAAAGUUCAAUAGUUUAUAAGAUAUCAUCACACGGAUACAACCUUGUUCCUUCAACCCCCUUGUGAAUCUAUGUGUUUUUGUUGUUUACACUUUUACUUCUGUCUAUGCAAUAACAAAACCAAAUCAUAGUGUAAUGUUAUAUAUUAUAUUUAUAUACUCAACUAAGGUUCACUGAGAGCUUAUGCUCUUUUACAUA